AUGGCUGCCUUCAAUUUGGGUGAUCAGGCCAACGUCCACAUCACGGCAGGCAUGUGCGGCCAGGUGCCGACAGAAGAUGAGGUUUCUGGUAAACAGCCUAUCCAGGACGAGUUCCGUCCAGGCUACCUUGUUCUCAAGGGACUUGGAAUGAAGAGACUCCUCGGAGACCUCCUAGUUAACACUGAGGCAUGGGCUUCAGAGACCUCGGUAUUCUUCACGCUGAAGAUAAAACCAGGAUACAAGGGCGAGUUGUUUGCUGUCUACAGCUCGCAGGGUCGAGUCCUCCUCUCCGUAGGUGUCGAUAAGCGAGUAGUAGUGGCCUAUCAGGAGGCCGCAUCCGGCGUUAGAGCCGCCCGCAUCUCCGCUACCGGUACUACCAUCCACAGGGAGAAGAUUGGACCCGCUCUCGAUGACAAUGAAUGGCAUCGUGUUGGGUUGAAUUUCAAGGAUGGUCGUGUGCGCCUCGCCGUUGACUGCAAGACAAUAGAGGGCUCAACUACCAUCCUUCCCGUCAAGUUCAUUGACAAACGCAAUACCCUCAGCCUCCUGCCAAAUGGUCUUGAUGGAGUCUUGCAAGAUCUAAUGUUGGUGCAAGGCGACCGGAGUCUGGAGCAGCAGUGCCUCAUUUAUACGCCCGACUGCCCUGCUGACGGUGAUGAUGCUAUGAUGAAUGAUGAGGUGGGCUGCUAUUCAAGGGCUGAAUCCCCAGAAUCCUCAUUGCUUACAAUAGCAUUUUUAGUUUUCCCCCUUGUUCUCAAUGCAUUCAUGUGA